AUGGCCAAGAAAGGCCUCAUCGACCAGUGGCUCCCUGGCAGUGAACCAACAAGGUCUGAGGUUCUCCGAGCAUUUGAGUCGUUUGAGACUGGCGCCCAGACAAUGGUCCAAGUAGUUCUGCUGGCUUUCAGAUACGAAGCCUUGGCAAGCCUCAGGUUUGACAACACUCUUUUUCGAGAGACUUUUGGCUACAGCCACCUCUACACCACUGAGGCUGACCCAUUGAGAGUUGCGGGUCACAUGAGCUCCACAGAGUCAGUGGCCAUGGUGGCGGCAGCUCAGAAGCAGAGCCGCCCCAGGCAGACACACUCGCACAACAAGCGGCCUGGUACGUUGACCCUCGUGGCAGGGCCUGUGGUUAUUUCCCUUUGUACAAUGGUUUUGGUGAUGCUUUGCGGUGGCUUGAGCCUUUCUGUUGCAUGCUCCACAUCCUGGAGCCUGUGCAGUCUUUGUCAGUUCGGCUUCUUUGUCUCCUCGCCUGCUACGCACGUUUGUGGCUUCGUAACGCAGCCAGCCUAUCGGCUGUGGAUGCCCUUCCAGGGCGGCUCGCUUCACGUCUUCCUGCAGGGAAUAGGCUGGUCCUGCUUUGCGCUGCUGCUGAUGCAAUGGUGUGCAAGUUACUACGGCGAAGAGAUGCUCUUGACCGAGUUUCCCUACGUCGGAGACAGCCGACUCAAGGCAGCUUUUGGCUUGAUCGCACAGGUGACGCUUGGACUGAGCGUGCUGGCGUUUAAAACUCCAUGGGAGAAGACGAAGCGGAGCUGA